GUUUCCAUCAAGUGACACAAGCCGAACAUCUACACUGUCCCCCGGCGCCGGCUCUGACCUUGGUCUAGCAGCAAUGGGGCGGAAGGUAGCAAGAGAAAUCGUGGACUUAGCUGAGAAGGUUUACGAACCGUGUUAUUAUAUCCCGUUUACCAGAAACACACGCUUCACUGGCCGCACAACCGUCUUAAACGCAUUGGAAGACAAGUUCUUUGGCCCAGAGCAGAGUCAGAAGGUGGCGCUAGUCGGCCUUGGUGGAGUUGGUAAGACUCAAAUCGCCCUGCGUUUGGCUUAUCAGAUGAAGGAGAAACGGCCAGAUUAUUCGAUCUUUUGGGUGCCGGUUUUGAGUGAUGAAACUGCAGAACGUGCUUAUGUGGACAUUGCGAAGAAGCUUGGAUUGCAGAAGAGUAGCGAAGACGACGACGUGAAGGAUCUAGUCUGCCAGCACCUCAGCUCAGACAAAGCUGGCAAGUGGCUCUUGAUUGUGGACAAUGCCGACGACAAGGAAAUUAUCUUUGGAUCUGCUGAGAAGCCAGGAUUGGAAGAGUAUUUACCUCAGAGCGAGAAUGGUAUCAUCCUUUUGACGACGCGGUCUGGGCAAGUCGCGGUGGAGUUUGCGCCCUCUGACGUGGUCUAUAUUGAGCAAAUGGAUCAAGAAGAAGCGGUGAUUCUUUUGGAGAAGUCCCUAGUUCAAGGACAGCUGCUUCAGGACAAAGUAGCGGUCGUUGAGCUACUCGCAUAUUUGGCUUUUCUCCCGCUGGCUAUCACGCAGGCUGCCGCAUACCUCAAUCACACCAAAGCACCCGUACAGACAUAUCUGGACCUCUUACGAAACGCCGAGGACAACGAUACGACAGUUCUCGAGAGAGAGUUCAGAGAUAACACCCGAUACAGUGGUUCUCAAAACGCUAUAGGAACAACAUGGAUUGUGUCUUUCCGCCAGAUCCAAAAGUCAAACCAACUUGCCGUUGAUCUGUUGUCGUUUAUGUCAUAUAUAGAGCCGAAGGCGAUUCCCCGGUCCAUAUUACCCGAUGCAAAGGCUGAUGAGUUGGAGUGGGCUAUUGGCACGCUUUGCAGCUACUCAUUUCUGGUCCGUAGGAAAGAAAAGGAUGUGUUCGACAUGCACAGCCUUGUGCAUACAGCAACGCGGAGCUGGCUUGCAAAGCAGGACCUUGAUGGGGAGGUGGCAAGCGAUGUGAUAUGUCACCUUGCAGCGAGGUUCCCUGCAAGAAGCGAUGCUCACUAUGACCAGAGAAGAGAGUAUAUGCCACAUGCAAUGCGGUUGCUAAGCCGACAUCAUGAGAGCAAGACGGCUGAAACUUACCGGCUUUUUGAAAAGGUUGGAGACUCCUUUUACACGGACAGACGAUUCAAAGAAGCGAUAAGGUGUUAUGAGGAGGUCUACCGGUGGAGACAAGACCUUCAUCCUGAAACAGAUGGUGUUCGACUAUCAUCGGAGCACGCACUUGCAACCGCAUACCUUAGUAACCGACGAAUCAAGGAUGCGAUUAAGAUGCUCGAGCAUGUGGUGACGGUUCGGAAGGAGACAUUAGGGGAAGAUCACCCAGACCGACUGGCAUCAGAGCACGAACUUGCAACCGCAUACCUCGAAGACCGACGAAUCAAGGAUGCGAUUGAGAUGCUCGAGUGUGUGGUAGCAGUUCGAAGGGUGACACUGGACGAGAAGGACCAUUCUCGACUAAUAUCGGAGCAAGUACUUGGGAGCGCAUACCUUAAUGACGGACGAACUAAGGAUGCGACUGAGAUGCUUGAGCACGUGGUGGCAGUUCGAAAGGAGACACUAGACGAGAAGGACCAUGAAAAACUAACCUCAGAGCAAGUACUUGCAAGAGCAUACCUCGAUGACCGACGAAUCAAGGAUGCGAUUGAGAUGCUCGAGUGUGUGGUAGCAGUUCGAAGGGAGACACAAGAUGAGAAAGACCAUUCUCGACUAACAUCGGAGCAAGUACUUGCAGUCGCAUACCUUGAUGACGGACGAAUCAAGGAUGCGAUUGAGAUGCUCGAGCAUGUGGUAGCAGUUCGAAGGGAGACACAAGAUGAGAAAGACCAUUAUCGACUGGCGUCAGAACACGAGCUCGCAAGAGCAUACCAAGUCGACAAUCAAGGCCACGUUUCCGGUAAGUAUAAUAGCUUUGAACAGUGGACACGACGACCCAUUGUCGUGGCCGACGCCAUUCGUUCUGCUCAUCCAGAAUUUGCGAAUGCAGACGGGACAGCUGCACCACUUGAGCCCCCACCUUCGGGUGUGUCUCCGGAUGUUCGCCAGCUAUUUGAUCAGGUGAGUGACAGCUGAAAGCUGGCAUGUCCAUUCUCACUAGGAGCAUAUCUGAAUCCGUGUUACAGAUAGCAUCCUCAUCAUUAUUCGAUGAUGGAGUGCGAAUAGUCCGUUUCAUUCAUGGCAAGCCAGGGGCUCAAACAACCUUUUUUGACCGUUUCAGAAUCGAAUUAGAGCAGAAAAUAGGCCAGCGGAUAGACUGGACUCCUUUCCCCCCAAUUUCUAGGCCCUGGCUCCCAAGUGAGUCCAAGGUCGUAUGGAGUGUAAGUCGCGAAAUAGUUCCGCUUAUGCAAUACUUCUGAAUUACUUAACUUGAGCCUUAGUGGGGGGGUAAGGAACUGUCA